AUGGAUCAAACUACCCUUAUCGAGGACAUAAUAAGCACGAAAAAUACUCUGACAAUUCUCCAUCAAGUUUAUGUUGUAAAUCAAAUCGUACUUCAACCAUUCUCAAUCAUCUUCGAUUCAAUUACAGAACUGAUCGAUAUUUUAACUCAUGCAUCCACUGAAAAAAUUGAAAUUGGCUUACCAUCAAAUGAAUCCAAGUCUCUUUUCAGCAAACUUAGAGACACACUUAAUGAAUUAAGCGAUGCUAUUACAACUACGAAUACUUCAGUAAUCAAUACGUUGAAUGAACAGCUUAGAUCUUCUGUUCAAAAACUUCGAAUAUGUUUAUCUUAUACAGCUAAUCACGAAGAAACGGCAGAUGACAUAUUCAAGAAGAAACUUUUGCAGUCACGUAUCCUUGCAACAAUUGAAUCUCAGUGUGACUAUUUAGAAGCAUUGCCUUCGCAAGCCAUUUCCCGUUUUGAACAUGACACUGUGACUAAAGCUCCUAUUUAUUCCAAACCCGAAAAGCAAAAAGAAAAUACAUCUAAUAACGAUCCUUUUGGACAUUUUCGUUUCGCACGUCGACGACGUAUUUCUGCUUCUGAUGAAGAUAUAGACACUGCUACAUCUGAUUCACCUCGAACAACUUCACCACCUCCACAAUCGCCCACUAUUUCUAAUUCAGCCAAUGAACAGAUGUCAUUUCGUCCUACUAAAAUACCUCGAGAGAAGACUCGAUUAAUGAUUAGUUAUAACCAUGCUUCCAAAUCAAUUUGCAUUGAUAUUUACAAUAGCUUGACAAGUGCUGGCUAUAACGUAUGGAUCGACUUCAAACACAUGCACGGAAGUACUCUAGUUGCAAUGGCACAAGCUAUUGAAGACUCAGAUAUAAUUCUCUUCUGUGUAACCGAAAAGUAUAGUCAAUCGCCUAAUUGUCAAAAAGAAGCUGAAUAUGCAUUUGUUCGACAAAAGAUUAUGAUUCCACUGCUUUUACAGUCGAAUUAUAAACCGACAGGUUGGUUAGGACUUCUCAUGGGUACCAGUUUAUAUAUUGACUUUACGAAGAAUGAAUUUGCUCAGAAUUAUUCAAAGCUGAAAAGUGAAAUUGAAGCGAAUGAAUUGCGUAUAACUAGCAAUAAAAAUGACGUUCCGAGAUUAACAUUAGAUUCAACUGCAAAUAAGAAACAAAUUCACAAAGAAACUGAUAGUCCUCGACUGCAAUUAACAACAGUAAAGCCAGAUUUGGUUGUAAAGAAGUCGCGUAGUUGUGUUCUCUUUUAG